CAGCAGGGGGAGCGCGGCCGGGCGCAGCCGCAUUCGCUGCCGCCGCCGCCGCCGCCGUCCCGGGGCCGCCGGAGCGGCCGCACCGGGCGAUGCGAUGACAACGUCCACCCUGCAGAAAGCCAUCGACCUGGUCACCAAAGCCACCGAGGAGGACAGGGCCAAGAACUACGAGGAGGCGCUGCGGCUGUACCAGCACGCCGUGGAGUACUUCCUGCACGCCAUCAAAUAUGAGGCUCACAGCGACAAGGCCAAGGAGAGCAUCCGAGCCAAGUGCGUGCAGUACCUGGACCGGGCCGAGAAGCUGAAGGAGUACCUGCGGGGCAAGGACCGGCACGGCAAGAGGCCUGUCCGAGAAGCACAGAAUGACAACAAGGGGAGUGACAGUGACAGCGAGGGCGAGAACCCUGAGAAGAAGAAGUUGCAGGAGCAGCUGAUGGGUGCCAUCAUGAUGGAGAAGCCCAACGUGCGGUGGAGUGAUGUGGCCGGGCUGGAGGGAGCCAAGGAAGCCCUGAAGGAGGCCGUGAUCCUGCCCAUCAAGUUCCCACACUUGUUCACAGGAAAGCGCACGCCCUGGCGCGGGAUCCUGCUCUUUGGGCCGCCUGGCACCGGCAAGUCCUACCUGGCCAAGGCUGUGGCCACCGAGGCCAACAACUCCACCUUCUUCUCUGUGUCAUCCUCUGACCUGACCUCGAAAUGGCUGGGGGAGAGUGAGAAGCUGGUGAAGAACCUGUUUGAGCUGGCGAGGCAGCACAAGCCCUCCAUCAUCUUCAUCGAUGAGGUGGACUCGCUGUGUGGCUCCCGCAACGAGAACGAGAGCGAGGCGGCGAGGCGCAUCAAGACCGAGUUCCUGGUGCAGAUGCAGGGUGUGGGGAACAGCAGCGACGGGAUCCUGGUGCUGGGUGCCACCAACAUCCCCUGGGUGCUGGACUCGGCCAUCAGGAGAAGGUUCGAGAAGAGGAUCUACAUCCCCUUGCCCGAGGAGGCGGCGCGGGCGCAGAUGUUCCGGCUGCACCUGGGGAACACCCCGCACUCCCUGACGGACGCCAACAUCCAGGAGCUGGCCCGCAAGACCGACGGCUACUCGGGGGCCGACAUCAGCAUCAUCGUCAGGGACGCCCUGAUGCAGCCCGUGCGCAAGGUGCAGUCAGCCACACACUUCAAGAAGGUCCGUGGCCCCUCCCGCACCACCCCCGGUGCUAUCGUGGAUGAUCUCCUGACACCGUGCUCGCCUGGGGACCCCGGGGCCUCAGAGAUGACCUGGAUGGAGGUGCCCAGUGACAAGCUGAUGGAGCCUGUUGUCUGCAUGUCAGACAUGCUGCGCUCGCUGGCCACCACCCGCCCCACCGUCAAUGCCGAGGAUCUCCUCAAAGUGAAGAAAUUCACGGAGGACUUUGGACAGGAAGGUUGAGGGGGGCAUGGGGGCUGUGGGGUUGGGGCAGCUGCAGGCCCCGCUGUGCCCCCCUCCCCGGUGCCAAACCGCCUGGUGUUCGCUCACUCCUGCCCCACUGCACUGCGGGGACACGGCCCGGGGCUCACACUACGGGGGGUGGGUCUGAGCAUGGCCUGGGCAGCCGGGGCCCUCCCUGGCUGCGCUCCACUCUUCUUCCUGCUCUUUUUUUAUUUUUUAACUUAAUGCUGCUUUGGGUUCUGUCUUGUUUAUAUGAAAAUAAAAACAAUCUGAGUGCUUCA